ACAUGGAGAGGCGGAGACUGCGCUAUGUCGCGGGAUGCUGGAUCAAUACCACUCGCGCUCUGGAGCACAAAAGAGCGGAGUCAGUACGGAAAGCACGCAUCGUUCAGCAUCAUCAUGAAUACCGUGACGCACACUUGCGUGUCAGGCGUCACCAAUCCAGCUGAUGAGUCAAUCGAGGACAUCGCCGAAUCCGUAGACGAGCUGCGGGAGAAGCUCAACAACAUGAAGAAGCUCAUGGAGGAGAGGAAGGGGACGACUCUCGGAGAGAUCAGCGCCAAAAAGAGAAAAGAGAAUUCCGACAUAAUAGACGGCAACUUUUUGUCCUGGAUAUUCGGAUCGGCUCUCGUGGUGAUUCUGAGCGUGAGCUUCUACGCGUUUUACAAUCUGUAUCACGCGAUACUAAGGAAGUUCCCGUCUCACCAUACAGAAUUGUAAGAGAUGCGCGCGGAACGAGAAGAAGCGCGGGUUUCUGCGGGAUUUUCGCGGAAGAACGCGACAUUCGAAGAUUGAAGUUGUUAAUUUCCCCGUUAAUCAUACCAGAUAACGCUAUGGACAGCUUCGAAAACGCGGGAUGUCUUUUGCGUCAUCGGGUCCCUUGAUCGAAUCGAUUUUCCUCGAAAAAGCUCAAUGAAAAUAUCAAAGGGGAAGACACUUUUCUAGCAAUGUAGGAAAAGGAGAUAAACAGCAAAAUCAUGUCCUUCAAUUAAUUUCUAAUUCGAUUGAGAGAAUCUUGAUUUCAUCACCGACCAAUAAAUAUUCACAACGAUGUGUGUGAAGUUAUUUGAGCGGCAGUCGUGAUUUUCAAAAUUGAUUAUUUAUAGAAUAGAGAAGAUGACGUAGAGAAUAAAAUCGAACACAAACAAAAUCUCAAGUUGAGUGCCUUAAAAGACUUAUUAGUUUCGUUAUGUAACAUGUUGCUGUACCAACAUACAUAAACAUAAAUUUAAUAAACAGAUUUGGUUGAACUUUCGUUUAAAUUAUUGUGAGUUCGAAGAAAGUAAGAUUCAUCUCGCACAUGUCUCAGUUACAUUAAGAGUAUUAAAAGAAAAAUAUUGGUAGCGUACAAAUUGCAUCAAAUUGCCGGAACAAGUUUGUACGAUUAUUAAUUAGUUACUAUAUAUAAUCGCAUUAAGACCACCACAAAGAAUAUGUACAUUUCCCUCUAUAUUAAAUGUUGCAUAAAUCUGUUGCAAAUAAAAGAUUAUAAAAUUC